AGAACCUUGCUGGGACAGCGGACUCUCCUCUUCACCUAGUACAGCAGAGAGGAUGAUGAUGAUGAUGUCCCCGUGGGACCGCUGGUACUCCACCAGCUGCUGCCUGUGUUGCCAUGUCCGCACAGGAACCAUCAUCCUAGGCGUCUGGUACAUGCUCAUCAACGCCGUGGUGUUACUCAUCCUGCUCACAGCACUCAGUGAUCCUGACCAAUACCACCUGACCAGCGCUGAGUUGGCCAAUGACCUGGAUGUCAUGGAUGAUGCCAACAUGUGCAUUGCCUCAGCCAUCUCUCUGCUAAUGAUACUCAUAUGUGGGAUGGCAACAUAUGGUGCAUACAAGCUGCGUGCCGCAUGGAUCAUCCCAUUCUUCUGCUACCAAAUAUUUGACUUUGCUCUCAACACCCUGGUCGCUGUCAGCAUUGUAGUUUACCCCAACACGAUACAGGAUUACCUGCAGCAGCUGCCUGAUAACUUCCCCUACAAAGAGGAGAUUGCUGCUCUCAGUAAUGUGUGCUUGGUCCUCAUCGUGCUGCUCUUUAUCAGCUGUAUUCUUGGCUUCAAGGCCUAUCUGAUUGCAUGCGUGUGGAACUGCUACAGAUACGUAACCAGCCGGGGUACUUCUGAAAUCCUGCUCUACGUUACGACCAAUGACACAACAGUUCUUCUACCCCCGUAUGACGACAGUGUCACCCUCCCACCUAAACAGGCUCCUCCACCCUACUCCACUGCCACAGCAUGA